ACACAGAAUAGGCACUUAAAAUUAUCUUCGAAUUUUAAGUAUAUUUAGUAUGGUAUCCGAAAAUCUGAGGUAUAAUUAAUUAAGUUACUGCUCCGGUCGGGUGUGUGCGAAAGGCAUAGCGAAAAUAAUAAGAAAAACGAAUUAAUAUGGAGGAAAAAUAUAUAUUAUCUUUAGAUAUAGGCACUACAACUAUUAGGUCGGUUAUUUACAAUUCAAGAACAGAAAUUGUCGGCAAAGCUGUAGCUCAGGUAACUCUUCACUAUCCCAUUUCUGGCUAUGUGGAAAUUGACCCCGAUGAGCUAUGGACCAUUGUAAUACAUGUUGUAAACACUUGCUUACAAAAUGCAAAACUCACAGCCGGACAGAUCACAGCAAUGGGAGUAUCGACACAAAGAGGUACAUUCAUAACAUGGUCUAAGACUACAGGGAAACCAUUUCAUAGAUUCAUAACAUGGAAAGAUCUGAGAGCCGAUGAAUUAGUGAAGCAAUGGAAUAACUCAUACACUUGGAAGUUCUUCAAAUUUGGUGCUUAUGUAUUGUAUAUUAUAUCAAGAAGUAACAGAUUUCGCGCAGGGAGCGUGUUUAAAUUUUCAAAUAAUCAGACGACAUUGAGGUUGUACUGGGCUCUACUGAACAUACCUGAGUUGAAAGUAGCAGUUGAAAAAAAUGACGCCAUGUUCGGCACCUUGGACACUUGGUUGCUGUAUAAAAUGACAGGAAGCAAAAUUCAUAUGACAGACGUAUCUUCGGCGUCAGCGACUGGUUUUUACGACCCUUUCACUAUGCAAUGGUCUAAUUGGGCUUUGCAGUUGUUUGGAAUACCAUUAGCUGCCUUACCGACGGUGGUGGAUACUGCCGGUGAACACUUCACCAGUACCGCACCAGAGAUAUGGGGCGACGCAAUUCCUAUACGGAGUUUUAUAGCAGACCAAACAGCUUCAAUGUGGGGCUCGUGUUGUUUUGACGUCGGUGACGUGAAGCUGACCAUGGGUACCGGGACUUUCUUCAAUAUCAAUACGGGUUCUGUACCACAUGCAUCGGUGUCUGGACUCUAUCCUGUAGUAGGGUGGAGACUGGGUAAUGAAUUGGUCUUCUCAGCGGAGGGGGCGAACAAUGAUACAGCCAGCAUCAUCAAAUGGGCCCAGAAUUUAGGUCUGUUCGAUAAUCCCCAAGACACAGCUGAGAUUGCCAUGUCGGUGCCGGAUUCUGACGACGUAUUCUUCAUACCUGCUUUCAGUGGAUUGGGACCGCCGUAUAACGACGGUACUGCGGCUUCCGGCUUCGUCGGCAUGAAGCCGUCUACGACCAAAGCCCACCUCGUACGAGCCGUCCUCGAGUCUCUGGCGUUUCGUACUGCACAGCUGUAUUCUUGCGUUAGAACUGAAACUUCGUACACGUUCAAUAGUAUUAGGUUAGAUGGAGGUGUAUCCAAUAACGACUUCAUAGUUCAACUAGUAGCAGAUUUAACAGGGCUACGUGUUAUCCGACCAGUAGAAGUUGAAAUGUCUUCCCUUGGUUGUGCUCAUAUCGUUGGUUUACAUUUAGGUAUUUUCUCGUCGAAAGAAGAGUUGAAAUCGCUUCGUAAAAUAGGCACCGUAUUUACGCCUCGGCCUCAGGUCAAAAAGUCGUACGAAGUGACCGUAGCCAGAUGGGAAGAAGCUGUCAAAAGGAUGUGUGGUUGGUAUUUAGGAAAUAAGUCAACUCAAUAUCGAAACUCAAUACACGACUCGAGCAACUCGAUCAAGCCACAGAACAGCUUCAAAGUUGGAUCGAUAAAGAAGAAUGGACGUUCCAAAUAGCGGUGGCUUUUUUAUUUGCUUCUAUUCAUCGCGUGCAUUCCAAUAUGCAGAUGAUAUUGGGCAUCCCUCAGUAGUUUUAGGAUAUAUUGUUGGUAUAUUUAUAAGCAUUUGACGACUUUGUAGAUGAAUUUGUGACGGGUUGUGGUUAUAUAUUGUAAUUAAGGUGGUCUAAAUAAUUUUUGUAAUGUCUGAUUUUAAUAGUUUUAUUUAUAUAUGUGAGAAUUAUAUUCGACUAAAGUGUUGUAUAUAUAUAUUUGUUGAACAAAUGGACUAUUGUGUAUGGUAUUAUUGAUUUUUAUUAUCGAGAUAUAUUUUAGAAUUAUAAAUUCGUCGUCAUCAAUAUACUCAUUAAGGCAUCGGACACACUAGUGCGUUUAAACGAUUGACAAUUCCAAACAGUGUUUUUGUUGUUAUAAGAAUGUGUAUGUGUGAUUGUGUGUAGGAUGUAUGUUGUAUUGUUGUUGAUAACUCGUUUUAUUAUCAGGUCUUUGUGUAGGAUCGUCAGGGUAGUUAACUCCAACAUUUGAUAGUUCGUCGUUAAACAAUAAUACAUUUUACGCAAGUGUGUAUUAGCUUGUAAGAUAAAAAGACAAGGAAGAACAUCAUAUCUUACAUGCCAUAGUUACCAGCGUAAAUAUAAGUGUUGGAAACAGCGUUAACUUCCUACAAUGCAAGUUAGAAGUGGCCACUUACCAUCAUAUGGUUGAUUUGGAAACUUAUGAAUACCUACUAGAAAUUCGUCGUACCAAUAUUACUACUAGUCUAUAAUUAGGUAGGUGAAAAUAAACUCUAUAAAUUAUACGAAUAUUAUAAAGAGGUAGGUUUGUCUUUACGUAGAGGGUAGUCUCCGAAACUAACGAUCCAGUUGUAAAAAUGUUCACACUGGUAGAAAGCUACAUUAUUUCUGAGUUCUAUGGGGUGUAAAUUAUAUUUGUAUCAUACAUUUUCUUUAUUUAUAAAAUGAAUUCGUGCAAAGCCGGGGCGGGGCGCUAGUUAAAUAUCAACAUUGGUUCCUAUAAAUGUAAGUAGCUUAAGUAUUUUAAAAUAGAGUUCAUUUUAGGACCCAAGUAACCAAAUCAAUAACAAAAUUUGCAUAUUAAUUUAAAUUAACCACUGAUUAAAAAUAAUAAAAACAUCUCGAAGUCAAAAAAUAAACCAUGAAAGGAAAUCAACUACUAAUCUUUCUGGUGGGGUCAGCCUUGCCCAUUGUCAUUGAAUGAAGUCCAAGAUUUAUUCCAUGUAUUUCCAAUACGCUGUUAACGAUGGAAUUUAAAAUAUGAUGUUUUUUAUAUCCAUAAAUACACUGGCUCACUUUAUAUGGAAUACAUCAACUUAUUACUGUAUAAUAUAUAAUUUCUCAUACUUGUCAAAAGAUGAAUGAGUCGCAUAGAUCUAUUUAUUGAAAUCUACUAAUACUACUCAGUAUGUUGUAAGUUUAAAGACGCGUACCACUGACAUUCCAAGCGGUAAAUUUAGGUUUACCUCAAAAUCAACACAGUAUCGCGAUAAGGUCUGUGAAUAUUUAAGAAAAUUUUCCUCAUAUAUCAGAAGCCCAUGCCUUAUUAUGUAUUCCCUUAAUGUGUAUUU